UGGUUUUUCAGUUGUUCAUUCGCUGUUGAUCGUUAACAGACGUUGUUUGCGGCUAGCGGGCGUUAUUUGAAUAUCGUGUGGAAAACAAAUCGCAUACGCUAGAGAAUAUUUUGUGGGAAAUUCCGAUUUCGAUCUCGAUUUUUAAAUCUAUAGCAAAAUAAACGCGCUGUGACGUAUUAAUUACGUAUACGCCGUGUGCUCGCCGGUUUGCUUUGGCGCGCGAAAAAAUAAGAAAAACAACAAACAACAACAAAGGGAAAAUCUACAUAAAUUCGCUUAAAUGCGCGAUCGUCAUUUGGGCAAAAUGCCGCGUGGAGGAACGACAACAGCACGCUAUGAGGAGGAUCCGGAUAAUGCGUGGAACUGUUGUUCCUGGUGUGAAUAUCUAUUGAUUGUCAUACUCUCGACAAUACUCCUGGUGGGCGUAUUGAUCCUGACGCUCUUCUGGGUCAUGUUCUAUCGCGGCGGCUUCGCCUGGACGGAGCGACCGCUGCAGCAGUUCAAUUUGCAUCCCAUCCUAAUGGUCGCCGGCUUCGUGACGCUCUCCGGAUUUUCGAUUUUAAUUUAUCGUCUGUGCCGUUGCGUGAAGCACAUCUAUGUGAAGCUGAUUCAUAUGUUCUUUCAUGCCGUUGCGAUACCCUGCAUUGCGCUCGGCUUCCUCUCCGUCUUCGACUCGCACAACGUAUUGCAAAAGGUCAACUUCUACAGUCUGCACUCGUGGCUGGGCUUCGUCACAAUGGGCAUGUUUCUGCUGCAAUUCGUAAUUGGCUUCUUCACUUUUCUGGUGAUGCUCUGCUGUGAGAACAAGACAUAUAGCUGCCGCUCCGCCAUGGUGCCCAUACACGCCAGCCUGGGCUUGGCCAAUUUCUGGCUGGCCAUUGCCACAUCCGUGACGGGCAUUAUCGAGAAGGAGCGCGAAACUGCCAAGGAUCCAAACUUGAGUGCGGAGAACCAACUGAUUGAGCAUUAUAUAACGAGCGCGAUUGGACUCACCUUGGUCGUGAUUGGCAUCAUUGUCACCUUUGCCGUGCGAAGGACCAACGCGCCGGCAUCCGCCAAAGUCUAUGUCACCGAACGCAUUUAAAUGGGCCACAUUCAUACUCUGUCUCGGUGCAUAAACUGUGUGCAUAAUCGCAAUCAAAAUUUGUUACAUCCAAAAUCUCUUGUCUGUGUGCAGCACAAACGAUUAAACACGCUUCAGCAUACUCUUCAUAAUUAUAUAUAUACAUACACUAAAACUAAACUUUAUGCCAAAUCAAAAGAAUCUUUACAUAAAUCAAAGCUAAACCUUUCGCUAUCAGAA